CAUUGCAAGGUCUCCUCCAAGCCAAUGAAAAGACCAAAACACAGAAAAAGAAGGGGACAAACCCCGUAGAUUAAAACUAUCAAGACAGGAGAAUUUGCAGCUCUUUGGACGAUUUUCGACAUGAAUUGCGCUAGAAUUUGAAAAAGGUUGGAAGAUGCAUACAAUGCAGAAAAAGGAAUAGUAGAGUGUAUAGUUCCAUAAUCUGUUUUUUGAUGGUCUUGUUCCAUAACAGAAAAUAAAAAAGAGAGCUAGAUAUGGCCUAUGAUCAGAGCCAUCAAGAAUCCUAGGAUGGAUAGCUUUGUUUGCAGCAUGUUCAGUCUGUUCAAGCCUUCCCUCUCAAGAAUCACCUAACCUGUUCCUGCACAUGGAAUCCAAAUGCAGUCACAACUCACGAGUGUCGGUCACCAAGUCCACAUCGACUCAAGUUUUUUUCUUUGGAACUUUACAUGCAUGGAGUCAAGCGUCAAAGUUAUUUAGCUACGGAUGGGAGGAUCAAGGAACUAAAACAAAAGGACUUGAAAAGAAGGGUACAUGUCCAUGUCUCCCAAGCUUCUGUCCAAGGUCAGCAGGCAGCAGCCAGGGCAAAGAUUCAGCUGUCAACGACUGAUAUAUUCAAGAGAUUUCAAGAUGGAAUCCAUGCAUGGGAGCUGGGGAUGCUCAAUUGCUCAUCUCCUAGAGAAUGAUUUUGAUCUCCUCAGCAGAACGACAGGCAGAGGCAAAACGAAAGAAAAUGCUGUACAUUCUGCGACGGAAGAGGGUCACAAGCACCUGUUCUACCGCUGCAUAAGUGAGCUGCUUCACGCACACGUUGGACUGCAGCACAGCAUGAGGAAUCAUGGAAAUCAGGAUGAUGUAGCAUCGUUGUGCUAUUUGGAUGCUACUCAAUCCGUCCUCAAAUAAGUGUACUUCUAACUCUUGUCCCUGUCAAAAGAUUUGAACUUUGACUAAUUAUAUUGAAAAGAAUAGCAAUAUACUCCCUCCGUUCCAUGA